AUGAACUCUGGCUUUGCCAGGAGAAAACACGGGGCUGUUCAGUUUAAAGAGCCAAGGGAAUGGAUUGCAGGAAAACUCCAUGCCAACAAGGCUAGAGCAGAAGAGGAGGUUUGGUUUACAGAUGGUGCGGAGCAUGUGACUGACAUGACUGGGAUAUCUGAGACUCACACCAGCAAGGAGAAGCCCCUUGGUGAGUGCCCCGUGUGCUAUGAGAAAUUCCACCCACUGGAGGCUGCCCAGAGGACACUGAGAUGUGGACACACCUUCUGCCACGACUGCCUGGUGAAGUGCUUGCUUUCCUCCAGGCUAGACGGGCAGGUCCAGAACAAUAUCAUCUGCCCUGUCUGCCGCUAUGUGACGUUCCUCAGCAAGAAGGUGACCCGCUGGCCUCCCAAACCAGGGGAGUCCCCCAAACCUGUGGAGCUGGCUCUCUCACCCUCCUUGUUGCCCCACCUAGCAAAGUCAGCGCCAGACAACACCUUGGUGGUCCCCAGCCAUUUUGUGAUGCCAGUGCAGAGCUAUGGCAGGAGUGACAGCAUGAGUGGCAGCCCCAUGGACUCAAUGGCCAUGCCGGGCAGCCUGGCUCGGGAAGCCCAUGUCUUCAUGAUCAGUGAUCAUGGGAUGCCGCUGGUGGAGGAGAGCUGUAGGUCAGUGGUUAGGGGACACGGCACAGAGGUGCCAGAGUCAGGGGCAUCCAUGAGUUCCCUUGGGAUGUGGUGCUGCCAGUCACCCAUUAUACUGGCUGUUCUCCUCAUCUUGACAGUUGCCCUGUUGGCGGCCGUGUUCCCUUGGGUCCUGUUGGUGAAGAGGAGUUUCUGA